AUGUCUGAUCCGGUCUAUAGUUUUGAAAAAGUUGAAGAUUUCUUCUCAAAUUACGAGGGUUGGACGAGACUUGGUAAUGUUCUCAGUCACGAUUACAAUCCUGGUACUCGUACGCUUACCCUAACUAUCGAAGGUGGAUACCCUCAAGGCCAAUCAUGUUGUCUCCUGAUUCAGCUGCUUGGGUAUAAUGUUUUUCGCGUAAAUCUUCAGGAUGAUGGGGCCAAUUCACCACAUAUUUUAAUAAUGAUUGAAGUAGGUCUUAAUCCAUUCUCUAUUAGAGUUGAUCGUUUUGAAGGUGGGCAUCUAUACCCAAUUUGGACAACUAACGGAGAAAUAGGAUUACGUUGGAGCGAAGUCAAAGAUGGUAAUGUUACAACUACCUUCAAAAUCGUCCAAGUCGUAGAUAAAUCUCCAACCGCAAAGUACGCUGGAUUUGGUGAACAUGGAGGAGUUG